AUGAAGACACCUGUCGACGACUGCAGUCGGUUUGCUCAUCCUCAGCCUCUCGAAGACCAAGCGCUCGACAUUCGGUGGUUUCUUCACGCGGUAUCGACCGUCUUGGUCUGGUCGGGACCACUUGAUCGCCGCUACGCAGCUCUUUUGAGCGACAUGCUCGGUGACCUCAGCGUUCUCCUCGCCGAGAGCUCGCUGCAUCUGCCAACGUCGUUUCUCCCGCAGCUACUGGACGCACUGCUGCGAGUGACGUCAGACCGCUUUGCCGACCCCGCGCUCCUCCUGCGCGUUCCACCACUGCUCGUGUCGCAGCAAACUAACUUUUAA